AUGGCUGAAUAUGAACUUUGUUAUAAUGAAUUUAACUUAACUAAUUGCACAGAUGGAAGACCAGCUCUGGAUGCAUUUUAUAAUAAAGAUGGAUUAUUAUUAAGAACGUACGGAUGGUUAAUAAAAAAUGCUAUAGGUAUUAUAAUAUUAAUUCAUGGUUUAAAUUCACAUGCAAGAUUUUCCUUUUUAAGACAUAACGUCGAUAUAGUAAAUAAUGAUAAGGCUAUAUUGAAAGAUGAGCAAAAUUAUUAUGUAUACAAGGACAGUUGGAUAGAACAUUUUAAUAAAAAUGGAUACUCAGUAUAUGGUAUAGAUUUACAAGGUCAUGGAAAGUCCGAUGGCUGGAGGGAUUUAAAAGUUAAUGUAAAAUCAUAUGAUGAUUUAGUAUAUGAUGUAAUACAGUAUAUUAAAAAAAUUCAUGAAAAGUUAAGCGUAGCUGAUGAAACAGACAGUGUACUUUCAGGUAGUAGCAACAUAUGUAAAAGAGAAGCACUUCCUACUUAUAUAAUAGGUCAGUCAAUGGGAGGAAAUAUUGCUUUAAGGACAUUGCAAAUUUUAGGAAAAUCAAAUGAGGAUAUUAGAGGAAAAUUAAAUAUUAGAGGAUGUAUAUCAUUAUCUGGAAUGAUUUCCAUCGAGUUAAUGGCUGCAUCUCCUCGUUCCUAUAAAUACAGUUGCUUUUAUUUGCCCUUUGCAAAAGUUAUUUCUUGGUGUUUUCCAAGAUUUCGAAUUAUAAAUAAGGCACGUUAUAUAAGGUACCCCUAUAUGAAUGAUAUUUUAGGAAUGGAUAAAAUGCGCUACAAAAAGGGGAUAACAAGUAGAUUUGGGCACGAACUUUUAAAAUCAAUGAAGAUUUUAGACAGAGACAUCCGAUAUAUUCCUAAAGAUAUUCCCAUAUUGUUUAUCCAUUCAAAGGAUGACACUUUGUGUUAUUAUAGGGGAGUUGUAUCAUUUUUUAAUAGACUAACCAAUGAUAAAAAAGAAUUGCAUAUCUUGGACAAUAUGGAACAUAUGUUAACUGUGGAACCUGGAAAUGAAAAUGUUUUAAAAAAAAUUAUGGACUGGUUAAGUGAUAUAUCUUCAUCAGUACUGAAUAAAAAAUAUAUAAAUGAAGAAUCAGAUUAA